AUGAGCAAUCCUCUCGAUGCCAUGAGAAACACAUGUUCAGCUCUCCAACUCCUCACUGUUGCAUUUGGAUCAUACUUAAGCUCUUUGCUUAUAACGAUUGUGGCAAAGGUCACUACUAUGAUGGUGCUCAAUAAUGGCCUGGCAGAAAAGCACCAAACAUCAAUGCUGAUUGGAUUCAAUCUAUUAUUAGGGUUAGGGAGUGAGUUAACAGUGCAAUACAACCAUGCAUUUAUGCUUUAG